AUGAGCUGGCCGUACCACUUCCUGACCCUGUCCAAGGAAGACGUCCUCGUCCGCCGCCACACAAUCGACCACUAUGCCCACAUCGCCCACCUCUCAGCCUUCGCCCCGGCGGUAAUCGCCAUCCUCGUCCGCCUCGUGCUUCGCGCUGCUAGGCUGCUUCUUCGCCUCGGCCGAGAUGGGGGCGAUCGAGGCCGCUACUCUCACAUCCCCGGAUCGCCCUCCGUCAAAGCUCAGCGCAGCAGUGCAAUUGGCGCAUUGGCGGCGAGAUGGAGAGCAGUGGUUUGGUGGCUAGGAGACGAUGUUGUCCUGGGAGGCGUGAGUUGGGGGCAGAGAGAUGAGUGGGUGCUGGGGCUUGUUUGGACGGGCUGGCUAUUGCUUUUGUGUGUAUUGGAAACGGGAGAAGACUACCUCCACCUCACAAAACGCUUCGGCACCAUCGCCAUCUCCCAGCUCCCCAUCCAAUACCUCCUUGCCCUCAAAGCCCUCAACCCUUACGCCUAUGCCUUCAGCUCCUCCCACGAGCACAUCAACCGCUACCACCGCACCCUCGGCCGCGUCAUCUACGCCCUCAUCAUCACCCACAUUAUCUUCUACAAUGUCUUCUUCAUCCUCUCCGGCAUCUGGCUCAAGCGCUUCUUCGCCCCCGUCGUCUUCUGCGGCGUCCUCGCCGCCCUCGGCUUCGACGGCCUCAUCGCCACCGCUCUGGUCCGCGUGAGGCAGUACUCGUACCGCCUAUUCUUCGUCACACACUUGGCCGUUGCCUUGCUUGCCCCGGUGCUGCUCUUCUUCCACGCUCAUUCCGCUCGCUUCUACGCCGCCGAGAGCAUCGUCGUGUUCCUCGUGGACAUUGCUUAUCGCAGAAUCGGCACCACGCACACGGCCUCGACAUUUGAGACUGUCCCCGGCACAAACCUCAUUAAAAUCUCAGCUCCCAUGUCCUCUAAAAAGAUUGAAGAGUUCCGCUCUCGGCCGGGUUCUCACAUCUACCUCAGUCUUUCCCCUCAAGGCCGAACCAGCAAAUAUCCAGCAUCCAAAUCAUUCACCUUCGACCUCCUCUUCAACCCCUUUACCGUUGCUUCCGCCAGCCAGGACAACCAGAGCAUCACCCUUGUUGCAAGAAGGAGAACAGGCCCCAUGACCAACAUUCUCUCCCAAUUCGCUGCCCCGACCUCUUCCUCCUCCUCUCCAGACGACAACAAGAUCACCCUCGCCAUCGAGGGACCACACGGCGCCAUAGGCAAGCACUUCCAGCACCUCCUAACCUGGGGCGCCUCCCGCAUCCUCCUCGUCGCCGGCGGCGUGGGAGCAACCUUCACCCUCCCGCUCUACCACGCCCUCCAGCGCGAACUCCCCUCCGUCCACGCCCAAUUCGUCUGGGCAAUCCACUCCGCCGCCGACGCCACCUGGGCCAUGGCCGACAACGGCUCCGACAAACCUCUCCUUGACGACGACAAUGUCCAUCUUUAUCUAACAGAGAACAUCGGCUUCUCCAGUAACGCAAAUGACGGCACCCGCGAUGCCUCCAUCGAGCUCCAGAACAUGACGCGAGGAUCUCGCUCACAGCGCUCUGCCGCGAGCAAUAACAGCAGACGGCCCAACAUCCAGAAGAUCGUAGAUGACAUGUUUCGCCACGGCGUAGAGGAAAGGGUCGCCAUUCUAGUCUGCGGCCCAGAAGAAAUGUCAAGGGAGGUACGACAACGGAUAGGGCCGUGGGUCCUCAAAGGCCGUGAAGUAUGGUGGCACAAUGAGAGCUUCGGAUGGUGA